AUGUCCGGGAACCCUAGGGAUCAGUUGCACAAGCUCCAGAUGGCCCUCCAAAACCGCCGCGGCGGUUUUGGUGGCGGCUUCGGUGGUGGCAAUCCUCGUGCCGGCAUGGGCCUCGCUACUUUGUUCCUCACUGGUCUUGGAGUAUAUGCUGUUUCCAACUCGAUGUUUAACGUUGAUGGUGGUCACCGUGCGAUCAAGUACUCCAGAGUAGGUGGUGUCAAGAAGGAAAUCUACAGUGAAGGAACUCAUCUUCGGAUUCCCUGGGUCGAAACUCCUAUUAUCUACGAUGUCCGCGCAAAGCCGCGCAAUAUUGCUUCCCUUACCGGUACCAAGGACUUGCAGAUGGUGAACAUCACCUGCCGUGUCCUGUCCAGACCCCGUGUCGAUGCCCUCCCCCAAAUAUACCGUACCCUGGGACAGGACUUUGACGAGCGUGUGCUUCCGUCGAUUGUGAACGAGGUCUUGAAGAGCGUGGUGGCACAAUUCAACGCCAGUCAGUUGAUCACUCAGCGUGAGAACGUUGCCCGCCUGGUCCGGGAGAACCUUGCUCGUCGGGCUGCUCGCUUCAACAUUGCCUUGGACGAUGUGUCGCUUACGCACUUGACCUUCUCCCCCGAAUUCACCGCCGCCGUCGAGGCCAAGCAGGUUGCUCAGCAGGAAGCCCAGCGGGCCGCGUUCCUGGUCGACAAGGCCCGCCAGGAGAAGCAAGCAUUCAUUGUGCGCGCUCAAGGUGAGGCUCGUUCAGCCGAGCUGAUUGGUGACGCCAUCAAGAAGAGCAAGAGUUACAUCGAGCUGCGGAAGAUCGAGAACGCCCGCCAUAUCGCCCAGAUCCUGCAGGAGAACGGUGGCCGGAACAAGCUGUACCUGGACAGCCAGGGACUGGGCUUGAACGUCAACGCGGGCUCCGACGACACGAAAUAA